AUGAUUUUUACAUUUGUUGUGACCGGGUGGGAAGGGGUAGCGCAUGACUCUAGAAUAUUAUCAGAAGCAGUAGCCGAUCCACAAGCAUCAUUCCCGUUUCCACCACUAGACAAAUAUUAUCUUUGUGAUGCCGCGUAUGCACACACUCGAGGAUUUAUGGCCCCUUAUCGUAAUGUGAGGUAUUGGCUUGGAGAUUUUCGUCAAAGACGUGCAUUGACCAAUAAAGAAAAAUUUAACCAUGGACACGCAAAACUUCGGAAUGUCAUUGAGCGUGCUUUUAGUGUUUUGAAAGCAUGCUUCCCUAUAUUGAAGAGGAUGACACCAUUCCCGUUUGUGACACAAAGAAACAUUGACAUGGCAUGUUUCGCGCUUCAUAAUUAUAUAAGGAAAGAAGGAUUGAGUGAUGAGUAUUUCGCACGAUAUGAUGAACCCAAUGUCCCGUUUCGAAAUAACAAUGUGGCCAUUGAUGAUGAUGAAGACGAGAUUCCAACACAUGGUACUGCAGCAGACCGUGAAUAUAUGACUCAGUUACGGGAUGAAAUUGCUGAUCAGUUGAUGCACAAUAUAGAUUGA